AUGUUGCUAACAAAAUUUGGCUUGACAUGUCAAAAUAUUUAUGUCUUUACAGUAUUACCAAGCCACACAUGUGGAAAUCCUGGGCGACUACAAAAUGGUGUACAACAGGGGACCACAUUCAAUGUGGGGGACAAAGUCCGGUACAGCUGCAAUGCAGGCUACAUGCUUGAAGGACAUGCCCUACUAAGCUGUGUAUCCAACUCCCAAAAUAGCGCCUCUUGGGAUUUUCCUCUUCCAGCUUGUAGAACGGAUGAUGCAUGUGGAGGAACUUUAAGAGGUCAAAGUGGAAUCAUCACAAGUCCACAUUUCCCAUCGGAAUACAAUAACAAUGCUGACUGUACAUGGACAAUACUAGCAGAGGUUGGAGAUACAAUUGCCUUGAUCUUUACAGAUUUUCAAUUAGAAGAUGCUUAUGACUAUCUGGAAGUGACAGGAACAGAGGGCUCAUCUCUUUGGUAA